AUGAUCCCAGCAUGUUUCAGCCAACCAAACACCCACACAUCGCCCAGUAAUUCUGAAGCUGCAGCGCCUCAUCAAAACCUGAUAACAUCCAUAUACCAAACUCAGCUCUGCAACUCCCCAACAUAUCUAACUCUCACAUGGUCCAAAUCCCUCUUCUCCCACACUCUCACCAUCUCCGCACCAGACUCUUUUUCCUUCACGGUUUCUCUCAUUCCAUCGACUUUCUCAUUCUUCAGACCCAAACCCACCUCCAAAUCCAUCUACUUAACCCACCAGUAUCACUACCGGAAGAUCAAGCUCUUCUGGGACUUCACUCGCGCCGAGUUCGCAAACUCGGCUGAGCCUGAGUCCCGGUUCUACCUCGCCAUCGCCUGCAACUCCAAGCUUCAGUUCUUCCUAGGAGACGACGGCCUUCUCGGCGAGUUGACUCAGCGAUCCGGGUUGGCCGUCGACGACGGCGACGACGUACCAAAACCGACGCUGCUUUCGCGGCGAGAGCACGUGUUUGGACGCAGGAAUUACGAGUCCCGGGCGGUGUUUUUGGGGUCCAAGCAUGAGAUCGGAAUAGAGUGCAAUGGCGGGACGUUGAAAGUCAGAGUCGACGGAGAGUUGAGCCUUGUGGUGAAGAGGCUGGCGUGGAAGUUCAGAGGGAACGAGAAGAUCUUCGUUGGUGGGGUCGAAGUUGAGUUCUUUUGGGAUGUUUUCAACUGGAUUAACGGUAAUAACGGCAACAAUGCUAACGGAAAUGGGCAUGGAGUUUUUGUGUUCCAAGUCGGUGAUGGCGGGGUUUGGCCGGAGAUGGUGGGACCGGAGAAGAGGCUGUUGAGGAAGAGCUUGUCAUCGCCGGUGGCCGGUAGUAAUGGAAAUAAUUAUCAUUGUAGUAAUAAUAACAAUACGACGUCGUCAAUGCCGUCGUUUUUGAAUACGAUGUCGUAUUCGCCUUCGUGCUCGAGUAGUGUUCUGCAAUGGGCAGAGGAGAGCAGCGAUGGAGGGUCGAGGAGUUCGUGUUCUUCGUCAACUAGGUCUUCUGGUAGUAAUGGAGGGUUCUCUUUGUUGCUUUACGCUUGGAGAAAAGAUUGA